ACUUCCUGCAGCUGGGCCCCGCCGUGCCCGGCGCCGGCUUUCCGAGGCCCGGCUUGCGCGAGGAGGCGGUUCCGGCCCGAUUGGAAGAGGACUCCUCAUCCUUCAGAAAUAGUAUGCCCACAGUUGUCUUGGCCAAUGAUUCUUCUACAGCAAGCAGGACUUCUUCCUCAUCCUGAGAAACCUUCAUCUCUUCCUAUGUCAGUGGCUACAAGGCCCAGAGCCACCUCGCCACUCUCCCCACCAAAAUCACUUGGACUGGGGCCUUCCUUUUAUCACGCACAAGACGAAGAGCUUGCAAAAGUGGUGGAGCAGGACCCUAUGCUGGAGGAACUAUGUAAGCCUCUGUGCUGUAAGCUCUGCAAUGUCACUCUGAAUUCAGCUCAGCAAGCCCAGGCUCAUUACCAGGGUAAAAACCACAGUAAGAAACUCCGGAAUUACUAUGCUGCCAAUAGCUGCCCGGCACCCGCCAGGAUGAGUAACUCGGUUGAGCCUGUGCCACCUCAGGUUGUUUCCCUUCCAGCUCAGAUGGGAUCCAGUAAACCAGGUGGCCGAGUGAUCUUAGCCACAGAGAAUGAUUACUGCAAGCUUUGUGAUGCCUCAUUUAGUUCUCCAGCUGUGGCACAGGCUCACUACCAGGGGAAAAAUCAUGCCAAACGGCUGCGUCUUGCAGAAGCACAGAAUAACUCAUUCUCGGAUACAUCAGAACUAGGCAAACGGAGGACAAGGAAAGAAGGGAAUGAAUAUAAAAUGAUGCAGAACAGAAGAAAUAUGUACACAGUUCAAAACAACACAGGUCCCUACUUCAAUCCCCGCUCUCGUCAGAGGAUUCCUCGGGAUCUGGCAAUGUGUGUCACCCCCAGUGGCCAGUUCUACUGCUCCAUGUGCAACGCUGGGGCCAGUGAGGAGAUGGAGUUCAGGCAGCACUUAGAAAGCAAACAGCAUAAAAGCAAGGUGUCUGAACAGCGGUACAGAAAUGAGAUGGAGAACUUAGGCUACGUACAAUGACGCGCCACCCUUGGUAGUAGUCUGCAAAUAGAGCAGCUUGUCUCUCGCCUGCUGUUUGCCACAUGCCCUGCUUUGUGCUCCAUUUGAUAGGAGUAUGCUCUUGAGCUAUACAUGUAACACCUGCAAACUCAGUGGUAUGGUUAAAUUUUUUUUCUAUCAUAGUUGGCAGGAUGACACUGUGCAGGACAUGAAGUGUUUUUGAUGUUUGUUUGCUAGUUAUCUAAGGCUCCUCAUUGUGUUGAGUGACUGAGGGGACUUUGUUUUCUCCUCGGCCUUUUGCAUGAAUAUGCAAAGCCCAAGAAGUGCUGGAAACUUCUGUGGUUCUACUGCAUGGGUGAGACCACAUGCAAAGCCUGUUCCCCUCUUUGCACGCCACAGAGUAGUGCUCCAGAAUGUAUUUCUCCAGCAGAGUCAAUCUCUGAACAGCUUGUAAAAGAGGAGCAGGAAUGGGACCUGUAAAUGUGUGAGUUAGGGGUGUACUUGUCCACAAAUUGCUAAUUGUGGCUCUUCUUACAGCCUACAGUAAAUUCUUUUCAUGUGCCUGUAGAAAGGCUGUGCACACCUCUCUACCUUGGAGGGUCUUGCCUCUUACUCCUUUCUCUGUGAUGCAGAUUUCUCUCUGAACAUCCGACGUUAGGUAUCAGCUGAUUAGCCACAUCCAGAAAUAUUUUUCUACCAAACAGUUAACAAUGAAAAAGGGUUCUUGGUACUGUUGACUGAGUACUUGAAUGCACUGCGGGUAGCUCAACUCUCUGUGGCUUAAUGAAGUGAAUUGGAAAGCAAACCUGCUUGGGUGGGAUGUGCUGUGCUCUGAUUCCAUGUUAGAUAGGGUAGGGUUAAGGAUAGGUUGGAAGGAGCUGUCAGCUGUAAUUUCUUUGCAUACUAAUGUAGAAGAGAGCGUUGGUGCCUGCCUAGCCUGCAGCUUUGUUGCUCUGGGAGAGCAGGGCUUCCUUGGCCUUGGGAAGUAGAUGUCAGUGUAUCCCACCUCCACAUAAUUCCCUGGAAAAAGCCAAAGGGAUGUUAAAGAUAAGAGGUGAAAUGCUACCCAGAUUAGAUGAACUUUCUUCCCCCUCUUCCUUUUCUCAUCUCAAACUGGGUUUUAAUUCCAUUUCUUGAUGUGAAUUUCACCAUUAGGGACCAUAGAAAUCUAAGGUUAGUUAGGGCGUGAAUGUCAACAGUGAUUGAGCAACAACUUUAUGGUGAUGCAGAAGUAUUCACAAAACUUUUCAAGCAUCUUUUUAAAUGUCAAUGAAGAGUAUGUGUCUGUUUUAAUUUUCCUUAGCAAAAGUGGAAAGGGGAUAAAGAGCAGAAGUAGGGCUGGCACUCUUCUACCCAUUUAGGUAGAUGUGAGGAGCUGUGAUUGGAACUUGGCUCAUGAUGUUUCUGUCACUUUAGCUUUAGUGGCAAGUGCAGCAUGUGGCUAAACCCUGUUGGACCUUAUUCACUACAGCACUGCUACAGCUGUAGGUUGGUGGCUGAUGCAGAGACGGGGUAAAGGAGGGACCAGCCUUCUCUCUUACUCCUCCACGGGUAGCUUGAAUUAAGUGCAGCUCCAUCAGUUUCAGUAGCCUUUUACCAGGGAUAAACUUUAUCUGAUGCAUGAUGGUGAAGGUAACCAAUCCUGCCUUUUUUUUGCUAUUCUAAUCCCUGCCUCUUGCAUUCCAGAAGGAUUAUCUGCUUGCCUUAAAAAAUGAAAAAUGACUAAACAAAAAAUCUAGGUAGUUUUUAUUAGUCUUUUUAAUCCACUUCGGAAAGGCUUGUCUCACUUGGCUGCUCAAAAAUGAAUGCUUUUCUCAGAAACUGAGUAUUGUCUCUAGCUGAGCACCAGGUAGCCAUGCAACCUUAGCACUGCUUUCCUAUAUCCUGGCAGGGUGAGCUCUUGCAAAGUAGCUGAAAGCAAUCUACAUCAUUCCAGGCUGAUCCUUACUGUGCAGAUACAGGCAGGGCAGCAGACAUCCUCUUGAGUGGGAUUCCUUCUCCUCCUUUCUGCAAAGCCCUAUUAAAUACACUUUGUGCACAGGAGUGUAUUAGGAGGUAAAACAGGAGCCCAGACUGAAGAGCACUAACUAGACAGUUUUGACAGGCUGUUUGUUUUUCCUGUGCUGUACAGCCCACGGUUCACCUUUGCAGCCCUGAAGAAGGUUCCCCUUAGAAAAAUCUCCUGUCAACAUUCUCCCCUCAUUUUUUGCUGUUGAAGGGCUGGUUUCCUCUUAGUGCUAUCUUUUGUUUUCCUAGUCUGACGCCACUGUGCAGGGCCAGAAGGAGCUGGAUCAACUGUACCUUAAGUAUUUCACCAGUAUAUUCAUGCUUUGUACUUAAACAUCCCUCUUGCUGUAAAUUAAGCAUGGUAUUUCCCACAGGCUGCAAUUAAUAGCAGAAAACCAACACUUUUUAAAAUAAGAGCUGUGGGUGCUGUAGGUACUUAUAAUGAGGACCAAGAAGGCUUUUUUGGUCUGCUUUCAUAUAGCUUAAAAUCAACUGUUCACCUCUUUGCUUGGGUUACUGCUCCUGCUCCCAGCCCAACAGUCUGCUUCUCAUUUGGCAUUUCCAGUGACUGUUCAUGUCCUGUGACUGCGUGGCUGCUGGAAGUGUCAAGACUCGUUUUGCUCCAUGUGCCUGGUACCUCCUGGUACAAAUGUGCUAUGUCCCACUCUCUUUAGCACAGGAAACUGUUGAUUACAAACACCUCACUGUCAUCAUUAGGGUUCAAGCCAAUCCAAACUCAUGCUUUCCAGUGUGAGAAGCAGGAUGGAUUGUGGUUUUAUUUUUUUGGGAAAGCUGUUCUCCAGAUCAUUGUUCAGAACGCGUGUUGUGGGAUGAGAAGGAUACCAUACAGCUGCAAUACUAUUUUCCAGACCCAGCAAAUUAUAUUCUCUAGUUAAUCAAAGUAUCAAAAUCGAGAAGUAGAACUUUUGUGAAACUGCCACAUUGGCCAGUAGGUUAAUGACCUUUGCUGCUAGAAAUGGAAUACAAAACAAUGUCUUCAUAUUUAUUUUACUGUGCUGACCACUAAUUGACUUGUUAGUAUUUAAGGCACUACGUAGGUUGUUUUUGUUUUAGUGAACUCUACAUCGCAUCGCACUUUGCUUUUGGAUCAGAAAUGAUAUUUAAUAUAUUUGUGAAAAUGUUUUGCCUCUCACGGAUGUGUUGUUUUCUUUCCCUUGAUGCAAAAAGCUCCACCCUCUCUCCCCAUUCCCCCCCAGAAACCCCCCACACAAGAGAAAACAGCAGUGCAGCCAAUGGAUAUUCUUUGUUUAUUUUCACAACAAGCGAAACUAGGAUUUCCUUUCAGCUCUUACUUAAAUGUCCUUUUUAGGUGGUGGGUUUUUGUUUUUUUUUUUGGUCUGGUUGUUUUGGUUUUUCCUUCCAAUGAUUCCUUUGGUAACUUGGUGAUAUCUGUGGGGAAUUUUUAAGCAUUUCUUUUAAGGUAAGGAAGCAAACUGUGGAAUCCAUGUACUUGUGAGAAGUAUGGAAGUGGUAAUGUUUUGCUUGCAUUUAAGCAUUAGUUGUUAUUUUGUGUUCUGCACUGAUGGUUAAAUGCACUGUAAUCUUGCUGAACACUGGUCUCCUUUUGAUGUUUUGCUUUUUUGGUAUUUCUCAAAAGGAACCCUGAAAACUUCUGUGGAGUUGCUUAAGAUGUUCAUUAGCGCAACAAAAUGCGUUUUUUCUAUAAAGCUUAUUGUCCUUUUUCCUUUCCUAGAUGCUCAUUACAGGGUAUUAGAAGGGAAAGCUAUUACCAUAGCAUGGAUUUAUAUUUUGGCUUAUUAAUGCAUGAGGUCCUUUUGCUUCAUUAUUUAAGUAAUACUCUCACAGUAACAGAUGGAAAUCUUGGCCAAGUCUGGAGUAAAUGAAGUACUCUAGCCAAAUAACAUUGUGUUGGCUAGGGCCAGGGGAAUUCUAUUGCUAAAACUUAUGGUUUUUACUUCUACAUUUGGGUUUCAACACUCUUCAGGUUAUGAGGUGGUUUGUUUUUUGUUUUCUUUUUGAGGAAUGUGUCUCUUACUCUGUAAAGAUUUGCUCCUGCUCCAGCUAAAGUAGUUUGAAAUCCAUGGACUUUGGGUAGGAGCAGGCCUUGAAACCUUUCAGGAAUUUCAUGCUGCUGGUAUUUUCUCAUAGAUACACUUCUUUAAAAAUUUUUAAAUUUUAUGACCUUGUAUACAAGGAUGCUCUGGAUGAGAAAGACACCUAUUGCCAAUUAUGGAAAAACAAGCACCAGGAUUUCUAAGGGAUUAACAGUGAAUGAAAAAGUAUUGAUUUGCUCAACUUGAUUUCUUUGAAGCUAGUAGCUGAGCUUCUAUUUUUGUGAGCUGAGCCUUUUUCUUUACCAUCUGCACGAAGUUGGAAGCGAAAAUAAAAUACACUUUCAAAUAAAUGUGGUCAAAUAGUAGUUCUGGGAAUUUCUUCUUUUUUAAAAAUAUCCCAGUUAAAACAUAUAUCUUUUUAUCUGAAAUAUCUACAGGUAAAGGCAAGACAGAACUUUUUUUUCUUUUAAUAAAAUCAGUUUUUCAGUCUGUAUUUUGCAGGAGAAGAAUGAUUUAAUUUCCUUCUGCAUCUGUCCAGCAAGAUCAUUUGCAAGUGCUUUGAAUGUGUUUCAUCUAGAGCCUUCUUGUCAGGUUGGUUUUGUACAUUUGUCCUUCUUUCCUUUAUGUUCUACUGACCCCCCUGAGGGAAUAGUUGAUGAAAAUGAUUUUUUUCUUCAAUCUAUAAUAAAUCAUCUUCCUCUUACCAUU